CCUCAGCACGCCCCGUGCCGGUAGAACGAAGGACGAGGACGCCGCCUCUCGAAGGUUUUAAUGCGCGUUGCGUCGCGCCGCGCCGUACCGCACCGCGCGUUAAUCGCGUUCGCUUAUGUUUUCUGCGAUCGCGAUCGAGUUUUCGUGCGCGACAAGGGAGUGUCGCGAUUAAAACGACUACGCUUCGAGAAGUGUGCUCUGGAUAAACGCAGUGGAAGCGCCCGAUCGACGACCACGGAUCGUCAUUCCGCAUGAUUACGCGGAAUCAUCAGCGGCUGUCAUCCGCGCACGCGAGUUUCCGCGCAUCUGGGCCGCAAUCAGGCCCCGCCGUGAGAGUGACUUCGAUAGACGCGAGUGUGAGAUCGCGUAUCUCGGAUCCCGGCCGACCGAUCGCUUUUGUACCGCGCGAUAGGUGUCGCGUAUUUAAACGUUAAUCCGUGCUGUACUACCGGUUAUACGUACAGAUUGAUCCUCAUCCCUCCGACCUGCUUUACCCACCCUUUCUCUCUCUUUCUCUCUCCGCGGCUCGCCGCCUCUUCUUUCUUUCACUCCACAUCUAUCUAUCUCUUUCUUUAUCUUUCACGAGAUUCCUCCCUCCCUCCCGCGCUCCUCACCUCCUACGGCGACUGCUUUCGCCGGAGCGCACUCGAUCCUCUCCCUUUUCUCGUUCUCUCUCCGAUCAGCUCGUUCCUCUUCUUCCCUCGCCGCCGCUAUCUCUGUCGCCCUUAUUGCUCGAGACUGAGGUCGCGGGUUAUUCGCUCGCGUUUCGCGAGCGCGCGUGCCAAUCGAGAGAGAGAGAGAUGGUGAACGGACGGCGCGAUGAGUCUGAUCCUGCCGGUGGCGAGACGUUCGCGAGACGACGACGACGGCGAUACGGUGCCGCGGCACCGCGCGAUUGAACCCUGCAUUCUCGCUCCGUCCGCUCCGUCCGACGCGACGCGAGACGCCUCUAUUCCGAUACUUCCAUCUCGGCGACAGCGUCUCGCGCGCGAAUUUUCUCAUUUCCUCUCUACAUCCGUUACGCACCGAUGCGAGAAAUUCUUGAGAGCGCGAGCGCCGUUGACAUCUCGAGAUAAUGGAGAGAGCUGCCGAGGAAGGUGAACGGAUGUCGGAAAGUCUUUGUGGCGAUUGACGAGAAUGCAUUCGAGGGAAGCGAGAAGGAAAGCUCGAGUGACGGAUAUCGCGAUGACAUCUUGGUGGACCGAUUAGCGUCUAUCACUAUCAACUAAAUUGACGUUGGGGAAAAAAUAAUGACGAGAGAUAAGUUGAAGCACGUACAUCUCAUUAACUCCUCCCCGAGAAGACUCCGAAUGUAAGAGCGAGAGAGUGUGUAUAUCAGCAUAAAAACUCUGUUCGUGAUGAGCAAACGCCUCUUCGCGGCGAGCCAUCGCUUCUAGGAACGCCGGAAAGUCAGGCUCCAGACGCAAUCAAGAGCGCGUACCACGAAAGGCAUUUAAUACUCUUAUACCAGCAGAAGGGUUUCUACGUAGAAGCAAAAACCCCGGUGUGUCUCGAGUGCCCGAAGCGUCGCCUUAUUAGCUUUGGCGAGAGGACGAGCGGCGGUGGUCGCGAAAAGGGACAUAAUAUACCUUGAGGGGGGGGAGGAGGGGCAGAAGGAGGAAGGAAGGAAGGAGAGAGGUCCCCGCCGGCGUUUCCUAGAUUAGAAGGUCUCGGCCACGGCGAUUAUUACCGUCGGGGACGGGGUUACGCCGUGAAGCCCGCGGAGGAAGAGACCGCCGGUGGAAAUCGAUCUUAACGACCACCGUCCUCGUCGGUCGUCGGUCCGGAUGUGGUUGUUGCCGCUGCUCUUGCUGCUGUUGCUGCUGCUGCUAUUGCUCGUCCAUCGCAUUCGCCGUUCGUCGCGUAGGAAGAAGCAUGUCGAGCUUGGCACGGAGGAGACGCACGGCGGUGCUCGGUUCGAAGCGAUGGUGGCAGGGCGGAUGCUGGGCCACCAGAAGCCACCAGGAAGCGUACCUGCGUAAACUCUACGGCAGGAAAAACAACCAGGAUGCCAGAAAUAGUGUCGGCCAGAACGAUGAGGACGUCGCGGCACGUCCCGUCGGCAUCGACGCGCCCUGGGCAACGCCCGGAGUUUACGACCUACCAACCAUCACCGACGCCGAGCAUCACUACCUGGACGCGUUUCUGAGAAAUCGCGAAAAUGGCGUGAACAACGAUAACGACGUUGACGACGUCGUCGCCGCCGUGGUUGGCUGUCCGGCAUUGACGACGUCGCGCGCGAGCCCUACGGAGAAGUGCGUGGAGUUCCUGAAGGGCGCUCAUCAUGAUGACGGGACCAGUUUCGGUCGCCGUGCCGCGGGGGACGCGGAAUGUGGCCGCGUAGUCGACUGCGGUUCGAUGCAUUCGGGUUACGAUGCGGCCGCCGGUUGUUCGGAGAAAGUGUGCAGGAGCUGCAGGUGCCCGCGAGAGGAGCACCAGCGGACUUCGACGGAGGCGGGCGGUCCCUCGGGACUCGCUGGGCCGGGCCCGCCGAUGGCGAUGGCCAUGGCCUUCCCGAGUGGCGGGGGCGCGCCUCACCAGGAGCCGUUCAAGAGCCCGGUACAAGCUGCGCCGCCCGGCCUGGCGCUGCAGGAGGCUCUGAUGCAGCAUCACCAAAGGCAUUCGCAGAGCGACGACGACAGUGGCUGCGCGCUCGAAGAAUACACGUGGGUGCCACCUGGGUUGAGGCCCGACCAGGUGCAUCUGUACUUCAGCGCGCUGCCGGAGGACAAGAUCCCGUACGCGGGUAGCGCCGGCGAGCGGGAGCGGGUGAAGCAGCUGCUGCAGCAGCUACCGCCGCACGACAACGAGGCGCGUUACUGCAGCGGCCUGACCGAGGAGGAGAAGCGCGAGCUGCGCGUGUUCGCGGCUCAGCGGAAGCGCGAGGCCCUCGGCCGCGGGCACGCGAGCCAGCUCGAGCGGCCGCACGGCGCCGGAUGCCGCGAGUGCGGCCGCGCGAUCGCGGCCGGCGAGAUGGCCGUGGCGGCGAGCCGCGCGGGCCCGGCCGCCCUCUGGCAUCCCGCUUGCUUCGUCUGCUGCGUGUGCCGUCAGCUGCUGGUGGAUCUGAUCUACUUUUGGCGGGACGGCAGGCUCUACUGCGGCCGUCACCACGCCGAGACCCUCAAGCCGCGUUGCUGCGCCUGCGACGAGAUCAUCCUCGCCGACGAGUGCACCGAGGCCGAGGGUAGAGCGUGGCAUAUGCGCCACUUCGCUUGUCUCGAGUGCGACCGGCAGCUCGGCGGCCAGCGGUACGUGAUGCGGGAGGGCCGGCCGUACUGUCUCAGGUGCUUCGACGCCUCCUUCGCCGAGUACUGCGACAGCUGCGGCGAGCCGAUCGGCGUCGACCAGGGCCAAAUGUCGCACGAGGGUCAACACUGGCACGCGACCGAGGCUUGCUUCUGCUGCGCCACUUGCCGCACCUCCCUCCUGGGUCGACCGUUCUUGCCGCGACGUGGUGCCAUUUACUGCAGCAUAGCGUGUAGCAAGGGGGAACCGCCGACGACACCGAGCGACUCCUCCGCCGGGCCACCGCCACCCCCGCCGUCCUUCCUCAGAAGCAGUAGGAGGCAGACAGUGGCCACGAGUGAGGGUUCAUCGAGUCCACCUCCACCGCCUCCACCUCCUCUUCCUCCAGGCUCGAGGCAUACUCUCGGAUCACCUAGAAACUCGCCUCGAAUGACCAGAAGACAUCAGCAAAUUUCCGCUUCCUUGGCGACGACGCCUACCCAGAACACUCUGAACCCUGAGUUCGGCGUAGAAGGACUUCCUUCCAGCAGUUCCAGACCCAGCGGCCUCGACAGAGUACUUCUGGAACGAAACCUUGAGAGACUCUUGCAGGAACGCGGCUCUCAUCCUGACGAAAACUGCAGCGAAUUGGGAAGGCUGAUGCAAGCGCGGGAUCGGGAGCCCCUGAGAUGCAUCCAAAAUUGCACACCUUCCCACGCAUCCAGUAUGCCGGAACUGCCGCCACCGCCGCGACCGUCGUCGGGAGCCUCAGCAUCGACAUCGACCGCCGGCGCGGCGUCCGCCGGCGUACUGACGCUAGAGCCAGCGACGUCGCCGGCCAGUCCCGGGAUUGGAACCAGUCAGACGGAUCCGCCGACGCCAACGUCGCGACGCGUGCGAUUUCAGGGGGAUCUAGAUGUCAACGAUCACGGCGCGACGUCGCGUAUCCCUCUCUCGCCGACGAACGACCGGAAUUCGUCGUCGUCGCCCUCGCCCACGUCGUUGUCGAGAACGAACGUGUCUCGAUCGAGGAGUUUGCAGCCCGAGGAAGUCGCCAGCACGUCAACUUGGGGAACGGCAGGUACGUCCAGGUCGAGGAUGGAUGGUGAGGAUGACGACGCCGAGAGCUGUUGCUCGACGUGCAGCUCAUCCAGCAGCUCGGACGAGGCCGCGGCUUACGCGCUGCCACCACGACGAGCUUACGGCGGCGUCCGGAUCUCUUACGUGCCGAACGAUGCGGUGGCGUGCGCGAGGAAACGCGCGCCCGCUUCCUCGUCGUCGUCGAACCAGGCUCAGAGGGACACGGAAAAAUGCGUCAUAUCUUGAUAACUCCUUCGGUACUCUACGAGUUUUGACAUCCUCCUUGUCGUCAUGAUAAUUAAGGGGAAAGUGACAUCCAAGAGAAAGAGUUCCUUACGCCAAGUGGACGCAUCUUCGAUGUAUCUUUCAAAGCGUCGCGCGUCGUCGACGCCUGCGGCAUCGCAGCACGCCUCGCACGCACGCGAAGCACAUGGACGCGUACGGGCAACGUGAAAAUAAUACUCAUUUUAUUUAUGUAAAUAUCGUGAGCUCUCUUCCGGGACACGCGAUCGCCGGUACGCCGCCACGAUCCAGCGGGCGCGGCCGUCCCUCUAUUUUUAAUACCCCAUUAAUGUAUUUGAUAAUAAUAAUGACAAUGAUAAUAAAUCCCA